UCGGGGACCGACAUCAAGGAUGGGAAAUCACUAAAGAAAAAAAAAAGUCAGACUGUACGGUUUUGUACCCCUGAAACCAAGGACUAUAUCAGUCAGGUCAUCGCGUGCACGGCACGCAUCCUUUCCUUUCAAAUCUUUUGCAUACAUUCUCUUUUGAUUUCAAGCAAGCCAACCAUGUCGUCCCCAAUUAGCGGGUUCCUCCGCUUCGUGGCCGUCCUCCUGGCCGUCGUCUCGCCUCUCGUCUACCUUGCUGAGCAGCGCCUCGACUCGUUCUACGUGUUUGACCACAAGCACCUGCACGAGCUGUCCAACCAGGCCAUCGCCCAGCACGGCAACAACACGCGCGCCAUUGUCGGCCACAUCGUCGACGAGCUGCGCGCCCGCCCCGAGACGACCAAGUACAUCAGCGUCCAGGAGGAAUGGGUGUUUAACAACGCCGGCGGUGCCAUGGGUGGCAUGUACAUUAUCCAUGCUAGCGUCACCGAGUACCUCAUCAUCUUCGGCACUGCCAUCGGCACCGAAGGCCACACGGGUCGCCACACGGCUGACGACUACUUCCACAUCCUGACGGGCGAGCAGUGGGCUUACGUCCCCGGCGAGUACGAGCCCGAGAUCUACCCGGCCGGCAGCGUCCACCACCUGCAUCGCGGCACCGUCAAGCAGUACAAGAUGCCCGAGGGCUGCUUCGCUCUCGAGUACGCCCGCGGCUGGAUCCCGCCCAUGCUCUUCUUUGGCUUUGCCGACGGUCUCAGCAGCACCCUCGACUUCCCGACCUUGUGGCGCACCACUGUGGUUACCGGCCGCGAGAUGUUGGGCAACUUGAUGAUUGGCAAGUUUUGAGAGGAUAAAAGGGCGGUGGGAGAAAAUAGAACAUGGAGGGAAUGUUGUUGGAUGAAUCCUUGGAAAUGGGGUUUUUAGGGUAACAAGGUACAUAAUAAUAAUAAUACUGCAAAGUUAUAACCAAUAUGCCUCACCUCUUCCCCAAAGUCAAGUAAAGUGAAUGGUCGAUUUGGUAAAAUCACCAGUUUUUUCUACCAAAAUCUCCCGAAUUAACACCCAUGCACUCGGUUACGACAUCAAAGUCAUCUCCAAAGUGCAUCGGGGAUUAACAUGUUCAAUUCAUAUUGUACAUUUUACCCAGUUCCCAAGAAAUAAAAAUACCCAUUCUCUACCAGAUCAACAUCUGUCCCACUCACAGAGCCAAAGAAACCUUCCAGUCAGCCGAAACACGGGCACCAACGCCACGAAUAACAGCAUACGUCGUUGUCGUCUUGACCAGCUCGGCCUCGACCGUCUUCUUGACUGGCUUUCCGUCAGCACCAGUACCCUCCACGGUGACUGAAAUGCUAUCUCCAGCAGACUUUGACACUGGCACUCCCAAAACCACAAUCUUGUCCACCACCACAGUCUCAAACGCCUUCAUCCAGGAACCAGGCUUGAUCUUGCGCAGGGCAGCUUGGUCACGGCCCUCAAAGUCGGCCGAUGAGAUGGUGUUGUCUUCAAGCACGAACUUGCGGUGUACGUACUGCUGGGUCACAUAGUCGAAGCUGUCGCCGUCGUCAACGUACAGCGAACCCUCAGCCUUGCGGCCCGACUUGGGGUAUGUGACCACGAGAGUGUACGGGUCGAAGCGCAUGAGGGCGCUUGAUCGACGGGGAAUGUCCCUGCGAGCAAGGAUGUGACCGCCGCGCAUGAGGAGCGGGAUCGUGUCUAGAGGAGCAGGCAUGGUUGUGUGCUUGCCCUUGGUGGUAGCGAUGGCGCCGUAGGUGAAGUAGUUGUAGUACACCUCAUCGUCAGGGAUGUAAAUAUCCACCGUGUUCUUGUCCUUCUCGGUGACAGGCUUGUGAAGGAGACCAGUCUCGCCGACGAAGAACUGGUCGUCGAUGGCGAAACCGCCCUCGUCGGACGGGUGCGUGUAGAACAUGGGCCGGAUGAUGGGAGUACCCUGAGUUGCGGCCUGCUGGAAGGUGGUGUACCACGAGGGAAGCAGGCUGUACCUGAGACGGAGCGCCUUGGUCAUGAUGGAGGUGUAAGGUUCUCCGACGAGGUACGGCUCACGGCGACGGGCGUCGAUGUGAGCGUGGCCACGGAAGAAUGGGUAGAAGGCACCGGCCUGAUACCAACGGGCCAUCAGUUCACUCUCGGGGUUGCCAAAGAAUCCACCCACGUCGGCACCGGAGAAAGGAAAUCCGGCAAUGCCCUGGCUCAACAGCAUGGGGGUAGCGGCGCCGAGGUGCUCCCAAGAAGCCUGGUUGUCACCAGUCCACAUGGCACCGAGACGCUGCGAGCCUGCAAAGAAGGACCGGGUGAGCACGAAAGGCCGACGCUUCUCACCAGGCUUCCGAGAGAUGAGGGCCUGGUGAGUGGCGUUGUGGAAAGUCAUGCCGUUGAGGUUGUGCACGUCUCUGUGCUCCCAGUUGCCGUGAUGCAGGUUAUCCUUGGGCAUGCUGACCUCUGGUCCGUUAAAGACAGAAGGCUCGUUCAUGUCGUUCCAGAUGAAGACGUUCUCGGCGGUGCCGGUGAAUGAAGAGUACUGGAAGAGCGUCUUCCACCACUCGACGGCCUUGGAGUUGAAAGCGUCGAUGUAGUGGGAAGCUCCAGGCCAGCACCAGCCCUCGAAUAUACUACCAUCCUUGGUCUUGACGGCCAGAUCCUUGGAUUUGAGCUCCUCAACGACUUGGUAUCCAGGCUCGUUCUUGAUGUGCGGAUCAAUAAUGACAACGAGCUUGCGGCCGUGCUCAUCAAGCUUCUUGGUCAUGCCGAUGGGGUCCUUGAACAUGUCCUUGUCCCAGGUGAAAUACUUCUUACCAUCGGUAUAUUCGAUAUCGAGCCAAAUGACGUCGUAAGGAAUGUGGAACUUAUCCAUCUUACGGUCGACAUCCUUAACAUCGUCGUCGGAGAUGUAGUUCCAACGGCACUGGUGGUAACCCAGUGAGAAUUCUUGCGGCAUGGCGGUGAAGCCAGUCAGCUCGCCGUACUUCUGGAUGACGUCCUUUGGGCUUGGACCCAGGAAGACAAAGACAUCCAAAAGACCGCUCUCAGAAAUCCAGUGAGUCUGUGUAGUCUUCUUUGAGCCCAGACCGAGAGCCAUGGGGUUCUUGGAAGACUUGGCCUUGGUGAUGUCAAUCCAAGUCUCAGCUGCGUUCAGCCAGAAGACACCAACGGUCGAGUCCUUGCGGUGGGCUUGCAUGAAAGGAAUAGCUCCGUAGAGACUCAUGGGGCUGUCGAGGAUGUACUCAAAGACGUCGAGGUUGUAGAAACGGUAGGGCUCGUUGUAGUUACCAUCACCACCGCGUGUCUCCUUCAGAGACAAGGGACCGGCGUGCGAUGGGAUACCAAAAACGUGCUCAUAGUCGACGAAUGAGAUGUCAAGACCAAUGCUCUCGGGUCCACGAGGCUUGCUGUCUGUGUUGCCUCCAAAAGUCUCCUCCCACCAUGUGCUCUCGUCCUCGCCUUGUGGCUUCUCUUCCUUGUUCUCAUCCUUGUUUUCGCCCUCAGAGUCCUUCUCGUACUCGGCUUUGUCGAUCUUGGGCCGCCAGUGCUCCAUAUUCAAGAGUCCACGGUCGUUGAACUUGAUCUGACUGCUGCCGUCCCUCUUGAAGUCGAUGCCAAAGGGCGCGAACUUGAUGUGGGCCUCGAACUUGCCCUCGGGACCGAACUUGACUGUGAUCUGGUCCUUGUCCUGAAAGGCAACCUUGGCUUCGGCAUCCACGUCCAAGCCACCGACAAUGGCGAACUUUUCAGCCUCAUUGUAGCGCUCUUUGCGGGCGUUGCUGCCAUGUCUGAGCUCAAUGUCCUUGUUCAGACGCUUUUCUUCGUCGACGGUAACGCGGGCAGUGCCAGACUUGAGGAACGACACAGUCAAUGGCAAUCGAACAGUUGCGCCAUCUUCAGCGAUGGUUUUGAGGAUGAUGGCCUCGAGUUUACCAUCCUUCAAGGCGACGGAUUCGGAGAAGACAUUGUAUGGGGAUGACCAGGUAGAGCUGGUGGCUGCAUCGGCAUAUGCCCGAUUACGCUUGCAAAAGCCGGACUGAUCGCACUUUUUAAAGUCAUGCUCCUUGACCAUGAAUACUGGUGUAAAGAGGGAGAAUAGGAGACAGAAGACUGCCGCCCAGCUCCAGCUGGAGGACCGCAUUUUGUAAAUAUGUAAUCUGAGUUGCAGGUAGUAGGUGGCCUGCACGCACA